ACGGAUCGAAGUGACUAUGACAACGACAAAGCUCGAUCCCGAAAACGUGUGGAUCUACCACGAGCGUCAGGAAGCUUCGUUAUGCGGGCAGCACGCGUUGAACAACCUUGCCCAGAAACCCGUGUUUACUGCUUAUCAGCUGGCACAAAUUGCCCAUCAACUCGACGAGCUGGAACUCUCGUACAUGGCGCAAAACGACGAGGGCGGGACCCGCUCCACCGAUUACCAACGCCGUUUGGCUGAAGGCAGCGGAAAUGUGGACGCGCAAGGGAAUUUUAGCAUUCAGGUUUUGAAAGCAGCACUGCAGCAAGAGUACAAUCUGCCGUUACCGCACUUAUCGCAGGAUGUGUUACAGCAACAAAAGUUAACGGCGCGUUCGGAUAUCACAGAUUUUCAAGGAUUUCUCUGCCACAAGUCGGAUCACUGGUUUGCGAUUCGGAAAGUUGGCGGUCGCUUUUGGAAUCUCAAUUCGACGUUAAAAGUUCCCGUCGUGGUUAGUCACUUCCAGCUCGCGACCGAAAUGGAAACAUGGCGGGGACAGGGCUACACCAUAUUUUGCGUGCCCUCCGGCUUGCCCACGGAAGGACAGAAGCAAAAAAUUGCAGGAGGGUUAAAGGCCGAGGUUCAUCGCAUGUCGGACCUCGUACGAGGAAAGCCAACGGAAAAGAAUCCCUGGGAUAGCUUGUCUGGACGCGGAAUGCGCUUGGAUGGUGGUGGCACCGGCAAUGCUUUAAGUCGCAAGAACGAAGGAGGAAACCCGAUCAGCAAUGGAAUGGUAGUGGACGAAUUGACCGAAGAGGAGCAGCUGCAAAUGGCCUUGCAAGCCAGCUUGGAACCUAUUAGUGAUGCGAAUGUCCCUAACGCCGUGGCAUCGGCAACACUACCCGUCCCGUCCGAGCCAGAUACUUCGGCCGUCGGUGCCGUACGGAUUCAAUUUCGCUUGCCGGACGGUUCGCGGCGUGUCCGAAGAUUUCUGGAUACAGAUCCAAUGGGAGUUGUUUUUUCUUACGUCAGGGAACAGUCAGAUGGACGUGCCAUCGAUCUUCGUUACGGUUUUCCUCCCAGAGAUUUGGUCCUGGUACAUGAUCAAACAAUUGCCGAAGCGAAUCUUGCCAACGAAAGCAUUCAAGGUCGAUUUGUGUAG